AUGGAUGACUACUAUAAAAGGAGUGGUCAAAUACCGGCAUUUGGAAACUGGGAUUAUGCAAACGAGCUGCCAAUCACCCAGUAUUUCGAGUGCGCAAGACAGGCCGGUUUGAUCAGAUUCAGCUCUUCCUCUGGUGAAAGUGCUGAUGCCUACGUUCGUCCUGCUGACUUGUAUGCUGUUAAUCAUCUCAACAAGCCUAAACCCUCUCGAAAGCAGCAGGCAGCAACAAGAAUAGGGACGAGGGAAAAGCGAGGCCCGCGUGCGCAUGUCAUGGAGCAAAAGAAGCAGCAAGCUAAGGUCUGUGACGUGACGCAACCUCCAACUAAACACUACGAAUAUCAUGUUCAACAAUCAAAUCGCACUCGCUCGAACGACGCCGUUCCGAGAGUAACCCCUCGUUUCCCCACCAGGCCUCCAAAGCCUGUGGACGAAGAUCUCUACAAAAUCCCACCUGAGCUUCUCCAUAAGACCAAACGGAAGAAAAUGCUGGGAUUGCUUUGUUGCUUGGUGCCAGCAUGUGCUUCAUGA